GUAGCGCAUUAAUUAAAGUGGGUGUGAUCACAAAAGAUGGCACUACCCGGAAGUUUACUUCCUUCUCUGAGAAGUCAGAGAGAAGAAAUUCGUCCACUCCUUAGCCAGAAGCUGGCCAAAGGAGAUACCUGGUAUCUAAUAGAUGUGCGCUGGAUGAAACGAUGGAAGAAGUAUUGCGGCUACGAAACAUGGGACCAGUCUUACGUAGGGGAAGCAUCGUAUUUUCCCGGACCUAUAGAGACCGAGAACUUGUAUGCAGGUUCUGGAUUAAAGGAGCACCUAAUGGAGGAACUUGACUAUUCACUGGUUCCAGAAACGGCAUGGCAUCACCUAGUGAGCUGGUAUGGGUUGUCAGAUGGCUCCAGACCAAUAGCCAGGAGAGUAGUGGAGUUUGGGAUCUAUAUGAAGCACUGCAAGGUGGAAGUGUAUCUUCUUAAUUUCAAACUGACAUUACAUCCAAAGCUGUCUGAGACAACUACUGAACCAUUCAGCAGGGCUGACACUGUUGGUGAUUUGGAGGCUGUAAUGCGAAGGAUGUACUCCAUCUCUGGCAAGACAUCAUGCAGAGUGUGGUACCGAUUCAUGUCACGUACUUAUGAGCUCCUACAAUCAGAUCCCUUUCAAACCUUGCAAGAUGCUGGUUUGUACAAUAUGCAGACCAUUGUUCUUGAGGUUCAAGACAGUGAUGGGACAUGGCCUAGAGCCACGCAGAGGGCAGGAUAUGAAAGUGCCUCCCAAAGCAUGGAGAGCACUACAAAGCAGGUGAAAGCUCCAAGAAAAGAAGAGGGCUCCAACAGCAAGCAAAAAACUUCAGCUAAAGCAAAGAAGGAUGGGAAAGUUGCUGAAACAAAUCCAGUGGCAAGACCCAUGCAUAUGAAAACAAACACUGGUGAUAAACUGCCCGUUAAAGAAGCGACAGGGGAUGAAAUAUCACCAGAAGAGGAUGACUGGCUCAAAUCACAGCAGAAAAGCCAACAUGACGAGCUGGUGCAGAGUGUGGCUACUGAGCAUAAGAGAGCGAAUCAGGCCAGUCAGCGAGCACAAGAUGCCUUGAACCGACUAGCUCAGAAGGAAGGGCAACUUAAGACCUUAAACAAAACAUUAGAAGAAAGACGUUGCAAAUCAAAGAGCUGGAUAGAUGCUGAGGACCAGGAAGAAAAGAGGGAGGGAGCUGUAAUGGCAGAGCAAAGGGUGGCACAAUUGCAAACUCAGGCCGAACAGCUUACCCAGUCCCUCCAAACUGCGAGAGAUGAAGCUCAUGAGAGAACUGAAACACUUGAAACUCAGUUAACAAAUGUCCAGCAACAACACCAAAGCACCACACACCAACUUCAAGCUUCGCGCCAACAACUACAAGACACUGAACAGCAUCUCCAGCAAGCCAACGAGAGGGCUGAGCAGCAACAACAAAGAGCUGACGUCGCAGAAACACGGCUCCAGGAAGCCAAUGAGAGGGCCGAUCAGCAGGAACAAAUAGCCGCUAUGGCUGAAACACGUCUCCAACACUCGGAUCAGAUGUUCCAGGACAUGUUCCACAGGUUGAUAGGUCAACUGCCUCAGAGCCAGCCGCAGUGGGUCGUCCAGAGAAAUGAGAUCGAGCUGACUGGGGAAGAGCUUGGUGCUGGUGGGUGGGCAACAGUUAGAAUAGGAACAUUUCGGGGGAAUCAAGUGGCAGCCAAAUGCCUCCAUCGGCAGAUAGUGUCUGCCCACAACGUGAGGAUCUUCACUCGGGAAAUGAAUAUGGCUGCCAAUGCCCGACACCCCAACCUACUCCAGUUCAUUGGAGCCACUCUCGACAGCCAGGAGCCCAUCAUCUUGACGGAGCUGAUGCCCACCAGUCUUCGCCGGGUCAUGGAAGAAGGCACUAGGCUCUCCCACCCCCAGAUAUCCAGCAUUUCCCGCCAGGUAGCCCUCGCCCUCAACUACCUCCACCUCACACAGCCCGAGGCCAUCAUCCAUCGCGAUGUGAGCAGCUCCAAUGUUCUCUUGGAGCCGAUUAUUAACUCUGGUUUUAAAGCCAAGCUCUCCGACUAUGGCUCUGCCAACUUUGUUCGCCACACCACCACAGUAGGCCCUGGAAACCCGACUUACGCUGCUCCUGAGGCCGGGAACCCAGAGCAGCAGUCGACCAAAAUGGAUGUGUUCAGUUUCGGCGUCCUCCUUGUGGAGAUGUGUGCGGGGGAACUGGCCCCCAGGGAGGUGAGGGAUCGUCUCCUUGCCUCCAUCCGGUGGCCUCCAGUGCUGGCUCUCAUUCGAAGCUGUCUUAGGCACGAGCCGGAGCAACGUCCAGACAUGGCUACCAUUAUUACCCAGCUGGACCAACUCUAG